AGUGCUGCUUACCAGAACCUCGCCAACGGCCCCGCAGCCGAGAAGGCCAGAAUUGAGAGCGAGAAGACCUCGCAGGAGUACUCCAACUUGAUGGACUCCAAGAGAGUGCCCGACCAGCCCGCUGCCACUGGCCAGCCCCUGACUCACUACCACUCGUUCUUCUACAACCUCCUCAGCUGGGAGAACCCCCGUGUCACCACCAUCUCCUUCGCCUCGAUCCUCACCUUCAUCUUCUUCACCCGCUAUGUCCCUAUCCUCAAGUACCUUUUCAAGGCCCUUUACAUCGUCCUCGGUAUUACCGCUGCCGCUGAAGUUGUUGGCAAGCUUGUCAUGGACCGCGGCUUUGCCUCGCGCAUGCGUCCUCGCAAGUACUACACCAUUCCCCGUGAGACCCUCGAGGCCUCUCUGGACGAUGUUGAGCAGCUCAUCAACUUCUUCGUUAUUGAGUUCCAGCGCAUUAUGUUCGGCGAGAACGUCUUUGUCACUGUUGGUGCCUUCUUCGUCACCUUCGUCUCCUACUUCCUCGUCAAGAUCAUGCCCACCUGGGGUCUUGCUCUUCUCUUCACCACCCUGAUCUACACCGUUCCUCUUGUCUACAUCAACAACCGUGAGGUCAUUGACGCUCAGAUUGAGAACGCCAGCACCAUCAUCAACGAGCAGACCCAGCAGGUUCGCACCAUCGCUGCCGAGCAGACUCAGCACGCUACCGACAUUGCCAAGAGCACCGCUACCGACCUCUCCAACCGUGCCUCUGAGCUCAUCGGCCAGGCCAAGCAGCGUGCCGGUCAGGCUGAUGCCCCCAACCCUGCCAACCUGAACCCCGCCAAGAACGAGCCCGAGAGAGAAAUCAAGAAGGAGGACGUCCAGAACGCU